AUGCCUUUUAUUGCUGUUCAUGCUGGUGCUGGAAAGUUCAAUGAAGAAGAUGUCAAAGAAUUGAAGAGUGUUUGCAGACUAGCUUGUGAUAAAGCUAUGGUGAAGUUAAAAGAUGGCUGUGAUGUCAGUGAAGCUAUUACUGUAGCUCUUAGUGUAUUGGAGGAUUCCCCAUUAACUAAUUGUGGUACUGGCUCAUGCCUAACUUAUAAUGGAACUGUUGAAUGUGAUGCCAGUAUUAUGAAUGGGAAAGGAGACUUUGCUUCUGUUGGAGCUGUUUCUGGUGUAAAGAAUCCAAUAGUGUUAGCUCAUCAGUUGUUGUUAAACCAGUCAAAAGGAUUAAUGUCAUUAGGUCGUAUACCACCAAUGUGUCUGUGUGGUGAUGGUGCACGUCAAUGGGCUAUUGAGAAUGGA